AUGUUCGGUCACUUGGCGAUACUCUAUGCUGCGAGUUAUUUCGUAGCAAUUGAAGCCAACAGUACGUUACUGACAGGUGGCACCAUCAUCGCUUUCGAUGAGGGAGAAAACGCUCUUCAGGUUAUUCGAGACGGUUCAUUGCUCGUGACCGACGAUCGUAUCGCAGGAAUCUACCAAAGCGGGCAGACUCCAACUGAUAUCCCAGAACAUGAGGUUGUCAAUGUCACCAACAAGAUCAUAACGCCGGGAUUUAUCGACACCCAUCGCCACGGCUGGCAGACAAGCGUUAAAACACUGGCUUCUAAUACCACGCUGUGGGAAUACUUCGCCCGAUUCUCCGAGUUUGCUUCUGUUGGUGUUUUCUCGGCGGAGGAUGUGUACCUCAGCCAGCUUGCAAGUCUCUACGAGGCCGUAAAUGCUGGGGUUACCACCGUCCUUGACCACGCACACCACACAUGGUCAAACGAGACAUCCGAGGCAGGGCUCCGAGCGAGCAUUGAUAGCGGAGCGAGGGUCUUUUGGGCGUAUGCGUUUCACAAUGUGACGAAUUUUACCGUACCGGAACAGCUUGCGAACUUCAGAGAUCUUGCACAAAGGGACACAUUCAAAAACACUCCCACAAGCCUCGGAAUAGCCUAUGACUACUUUGGGGCAGACCCAGCAGAGCAAGUUCAAGAUAUUGUCAACUUGGCCACCGAAUUCAAUGUGUCGGUCGUCACUACUCAUACUCUCCAAGGACCUUUGGGAAUUUCGAACAGCCCAGAAAUUCUGGAUCAGCUAGGGCUUCUCACUUCCAGUAUCCCGGUUGUGUUUUCCCACGCAUCAUUCCUCACCUACCAAGAGCUUCAACUCCUGAAGAAAGCAAACCAGUACAUCUCCAUCACUCCCGAGUCUGAGAUGCACUUCGGCCAUACUCAUCCCCGCAGCCAUCUGGCGACGGAUCAAGCCGCCCUUGGCGUUGAUACGCACUUCACCUUCUCCGCCGAUAUUCUGACCCAGGCUCGGAUAUGGUUACAGAAAGUGCGAUACCUCAUCUUCAAUGGACCGCUGGAACUCUGGAGAGUGCCAUCGAACAACCCCAUGUCCGUCAACCAAGCAUUUUUGCUGGCAACGCGGAACGGCGGUCUAGCGUUGCGUCGUCCAGAUCUUGGAGUGAUCACAGAGGGCGCGAAGGCAGAUUUGCUCGUCUGGGAUGGCACCUCUCCAUCGAUGCUUGGCUGGAACGACCCGGUAGCGGCUGUGAUUCUCCACGCAAGUAUUGGCGAUAUUGAGCAUGUCCUUGUGGAUGGUAAAUUUGUGAAGAGGGAUGGUAAGCUCACCAAUACCGACUAUCCGACCAUCAAGGACAGGUUUCUGCAGAGCGCAAAGAGGGUCCAAAGUGUAUUCCUUGAGAGGCCAAGACCUGUUCCGGAGAAGGGCGAACACUUUGGAGGUGAAAAUGUAGGCGGCGAAUUGAUGGAAGUAGUACAGGUUGAUGUUGUCAGAGGGGAUGGAAGUGGCUAUGGAGUUGAGUUCUUGGAUAACUCCAAGCCAUGA